AUGAUAUGUGCUCCUAUAGAAUCAAAUCCAAUUAAUGUAACUUAUCGUACAUCAUCAAUGUUCACAGCAAUCAUUACUUACGACUGUCCUUCUAUGAACUUAUCUAGUUUAGAAAUACACAAUAAAACACCAGCGAAUUGUUCUCACACUGAAGGUUUUUCAAACGAUGAUUCAACUAGCAACGUUAACGUUACAUGUCACAGUAUUGAAAAUAAGGCUGGUCGAAACUUCGAAUUCGUUCUCAGUCAACAUGAACGUAAUCAAUUUAUUAACACGACUACUUUUAUCGUUACGCUUGCACCAUUAUUUCUUAACAUUUCGGCAAAUAUCACUAUAACAGUCGAUACAAAUCUAACAUCAGCAUUAAUUUCAGUAUCGGAUUGCGAGGAAAUAGCUGAACCAGACAAACUCAUGUUUGAAUGUGAUAGUUCCAAUGAAUUGAAUGGGUCUCGUUCAACAAACUGCACAUACAUAUGUGUCGGUGUACAACCGGGUUCUUUUUAUCAAGCAUCAUUGAUUCGAUUGAACAUUACACAAAUUGACAACAAUGAAACGUUUCCACAAGAAAUUAAAACUAAAACCUAUCACAUAGAUCUUGAUAAAGUAACAAAUUUGGCUUUACAUAAAUAUUUGACGAGUAAUGGAACAGCAGUGAUUCAUUUCACUCUUCCACGUGGACAUUAUGAUAAACUUCGUUUUGAUUGUAAUGCACAAGAUCAAUGUUGUAACGAAUCUGCUCAGAGUCUUACCAAUAACAUUAUAAACUGUUCCAGCUGCAAUGCCAUUUCGAUACCUGAAGUAGUUCAAGGAGUUGAAUACAUAUGUCAAGCUUCGACUAUGAAAGCAGAUUUCAAAAAUGUUACAUCGGAUAAAUUCCGGUUUAACACAAGUUUAGCACCUGUAUUGUACAAUGGACCGAACACCUCUAAUACAAGUCAUAUUAAUUUCAUUGUUACUCGUCAAAGUGAUUUUAAGAAUAUUAUAACACAAUGUAAAGUAGCUGGUGAUCAGUCAUCUUCUUGUCCUCAUAUUAUGGUUGAACAUGAUGAUUGCUCUACAAUUUUGCAACUGAAUGGAACUCGUGGAUGUGAUUAUGAAUGACCUAAAAUACCAACUGAUAAUGAGGUGACGAAUAAUAUUACUCCACAAGAAAAUCAUCCGGCAUCAACAAGCACUCAGUUUGUUAUUAAUAUAAACCUACUAUUAUUUUCUCCUGACAAUGGUAUUAUAGAAAAAUAUUUAAUUUAUGUUCGUCAAGAUAAAAGUAAUGAUAUGUCAGAAAUAAUUUUGAAUGGAACAUAUGCUGAAGCUUGGAAUAAUGUAUCAUUAGAUUAUUUGGCUGUCGAAAUUCCAAUCAGUUCUUCAUCAAAGAAUUUAGUAACAAAUGAUAGCAAUAUCAGUGUAUUACUUGGUAAUGAAACAAUAUGUUUAAAUCCGUCUGUAAAAUCUACUCCAUGCAAUGGUCCAUUAAAACCGUCGACAACCUAUAAAUUGAUUGUGAGUGGCUGUACAGUUGCUGGUUGUACUUCUGUGCUUUCCAAACCAUUUAGAACACAGAGUAAGUCAUAUUUACGUUUUUGUCUCUUGAUGCCUAUUAAAAUUGAUCAUAUUAAAAAAAUAGCACCACCACCCGACAAAUCAGGAUCGUCGAAAGCAUGGGUUGUUAUAUUUCCCCUAUUGGUUCUUGCUAUUGCUGCUGGACUAGCUGUAUGGAAACGCGAACCACUUAAACAAAUGAUUAAGAACAAUAUUAAAAAGGACAAAAAGAGUUUAGAAGAUGUUCGUAAAUCAUCAAUAUCAUUAUCAGCAAUAUAUACGGCUCCUAUGAAGAAACCAAAACCACUUUCUCAAUAUAUUAAUAUGACGAACGAAGAUGAAAAAGCAAUAUUUGCCGAAUAUCAAGUCAGGGAACGCACAGCUGUUCGACUAAGUGGUUCUCAUCGUAUUUAUGAUUAUAUCAAUGCAAAUGAAAUAAAAGGAUUCAACAGUAAUAAACAAUAUAUAGCUUGUCAAGGUCCAUUAGAAAAUACUUGUGAAGAUUUUUGGGACAUGAUUAUUCAAUAUGAUGUAAAGAAAAUAGUCAUGUUAACAAGAACAGAAGAACGAAAUCCUCAUAAUCCUUCACAAACAUUAUCAAAAUGUUAUCGUUAUUUUCCUGAUAACAAAGGACAAUUAAUAAAAUUCAAUAGAAUAUCUGUUCAAGUGAUCGAUGUUGAAUUUGAAAGAAAUGUAGAUCUUGAAAUUCGUUAUUUACUUAUUAAAGCUGAUAAUAACGAAUAUCGUGUAUUUCAUUAUUAUUUUACUGGUUGGCCAGAUUUUAGUGUUGUUGAACCACAAAAAUUACUUGAUCUCAUUCAAACUAUUAAUAAACAUGAACAAAAUCAAUUUAUUUCAGCUAGAAAAUCGAAAGACCCUGUAUUAGUACCGAUAGUUGUUCAUUGCAGUGCUGGUGUUGGUCGAACAGGUACUUAUAUAGCAGUAGAUACCAUUAUGCGUUCUAUUGAUCGAGAACAGAACAAUUUAUUAACAAUGCAACUUGAUGUUAUGGGUAUUGUUUAUCAGUUACGACAAGAUAGAGGAAAAAUGGUACAAACGAAGGAUGAUACAAAUUCAACAAAUAAUGUUAUUCAAACAAUUAAAUUUGCUUGUGAAUUAUCACCUGAAUUACGAAAAAUAUCAGAACAAACUUUAUUUCGUACAAUGAUUGAUCUUAAAGAUUUAACAAUGAUAAAAGCUUAUGCAGAAGCUUAUAAUAAAAUUGUAAAUAAUAUUUUAUUACGUAAUAAAAAUAAUUUACAAAUACGAAAUCAUUCUAAACGUCAAAAAAUUUGUUCACAUAUAACUCGUGAAUUUCUUCAUUUUAUUUUAAAAUUAUCUUCUCAAAAAGAUAAUCUAAUACAAAAUGAAUAUUCAUUUGAAUUAAUUGAUGAAUUAUUUAGAAAAUUUUCUUUACGAUCAGAUGAUAUAUUUAUUCAUCUUGGUUGUGCUUAUGGUCAUGUACCAUUACAAAUAGCAGCUAUGUUAUCAUGUAAAAAAUCAAUUGGAAUUGAAAAUAAUUCAGAUUUAUAUCAUUCAGCUAAAUUAUUCGAAAAAGAAUUUUCUUUUUGGAUGAAAUGGUUUGGAAAAACUUAUAGUGAUUUUCAAAUAAUUCAAGGAGAUUUUUUUCAUGAAAAUUUUCGAUCGAUACUUAAAUCUGGAAAUCUAAUUUUUGUUAAUAAUAAAUCAUUUUCAAAUGAUAAAAAUCAAAAUUUAAAAUUACGUUUUUAUGAUUUACAAAGUGAUUGUCGAAUAAUUUCAACACGACCAUUUGGUGAACCAAAUAGUCGAGUAACUGCACGAAAUAUUAAUGAUAUUGAUUCAAUUAUGUCUCUUGUUUCAAUUGAAGAUUUAAAAACAAAUUCACCAUUAAAAUUUUAUUUACAAACUAUUGAUUAUUCACGAAUUGAAAAAUAUUUUGAUGGAAUUCAUCGAAAACGAAAAUCAGAUCUUUGUCAAACUUUAUUCAAUGUUCAAGUUUCAUCAUCUUUACAUCUUCAAACUAUUUCCAAUGAUAUAAAUUCAUCGAAGAAACGAUUCAAAAAGAAACGACAAACAAGAUUUAUUCUUGACAAUGAAUAA